CCGGCCAUCCCAGCCACGUUUGUGCCUUACUCGCCUCCCACGACAUCCUCCCGAUCUUGAUCUGCAACGAUGCCUUUGUCGCAACCAUCGGCAUUGCGACUCUGGCUCUCCUUCCUCGCCUGGAGCCACAGUACAAGGACAUCCUCUCGCUCGUUUCCGAAGAUGGGAGGCUCCGUGUUGUUCAGUCUCACAUCGAUGGCAGGCAAACACCUGAUUACCCCGAGGGAAUCGACUUCCACGAUGUACUUGACAAGGUCAAAGAAUUCAUCGAUGCCAACGACUUCCUCCAGGGAGUUUUCUUCUUCCUCACACGCAGGAAGGGAUAUCCGACGAACUUUGAGGCAUAUCAGAAGGAGCUGCCUCUCUGGGAGGCGGCUGCAGGAAAAGGAAUGAAUCCGCGAAUUAUCAGAUACAAAUGCCACGAUUUAGGGCUUCAGUAUCCAUUCACAUUCAGUAAUGACCCGAACAUAUUUAGUGAUGUUCAUUCUAUAUCAUCCGACAUCUUUCGUUCACUAAAUCCACGAGAUCAAUUCAAAAUACUGGACAGUUCACUUUUGUUGAACACAGAAUAUGCCCGCCGCUGCAGCCCAGAAUAUUGGUAUUGUCGAACCGAAAGAACUGUGAACAUUGUCCGAUUCGAUCAUCACCCAUAUCAAACCGACGAACAAGUGUCCAAGCUUCUCCCACACGAAGUGUGUAUUCUUCAAGAUGCGAAUCAUC